GAGCAGGGAAACCCGGCGCUCGCGCUCUGUCUCUGGCAGCUCGGGGGGCCGAGAGAGCGCGGCGCGUGAUCCGCUCGCCUCCACUCUGCACGGCCAGAGUCCCGCAGGCGGCACCGAUUCGGCCAAGGGCGGCACUGCUGCUAACCGUACCAAGGGGGGGCAAGAACAAAAAAAAACUGCUACCAGAGCGGGCUCCGGCCGCAUCGCUCUCUUCACAAACCGGCAGUUUGUCUAUGUGCAUUGCUCGAUCUUUUAUACCGUUUACAUUAUAUAUUAUUUUAAAAUAUAAAGACGGAUUUAAUGUAUUAGCAUUGCUGUUUGGAUUUGUCGGCUAACACCCUUUUCGGUGUAUUGUUCCAUUGGGCUAUCCAGGUGUAAAGUCCAUACAUUAACCACACUCUAGUCCCAGGCUCCUGGACUAUUAUGGAGAACAAAGCGGCCGCACGGGACAGCAGCGACCGGGACCUGUACCGUCAGUUUCAGGACUGGUGUCUGAAGACCUACGGGGACUCGGGCAAAACCAAGACGGUCACACGUAAGAAAUACGAUCGCAUCGUCCAAUUCCUGAGCGGAGUAGAACCCAGCUCUGCCGAUAAUGCCAAAUUUAAAUUCUGGGUGAAAUCGAAAGGGUUCCAGCUGGGAUCGUCGGAGGAGCUGAAGGCUGGAGGUGGUAAACUGGUCCUUUACGUGCCAGUCAAAACAACGGAUGGAGUCAGUACAUCAGAGAAGCAGUCUUUAAAGAGGGUCGCAGUGGUUGAAGAUUUUUUUGAUAUUAUUUACUCAAUGCACGUUGAGAUAGGAGUAAAUGGAGAAAAAUCCCGAAAACAUGCUGGUCAGAAAAGAACCUACAAAGCAAUUUCAGAGACCUAUGCCUUUCUACCACGAGAAGCAGUAACCAGAUUUCUAAUGAGCUGCUCAGAAUGCCAGAAGAGAAUGCAUUUGAAUCCAGAUGGUGCAGAUCAUAAAGAAAAUGAAAAACCAGCUUCUUUGGUGACCAGUAUGAUAGACUAUAAUAUGCCUAUAACAAUGGCCUACAUGAAGCACAUGAAGCUGCAGCUACUGAGCUCUCACCAAGAUGAGGACGAACAGUCAUUGAGCAGUGAGGAGUUUGAACUCAGUGACUCCACAUGGAUGUCAGUCGAUCGCAUGAACUCUGACCAAAGCUCUACCCUGGAAGAGAGAAUGCAUAGUCCACAGAACCUUGACAGCCAUCAGGAUGAGGAUUCAUCAGUGGAGUGUUUCAAUGGAAAUGAAAACUUGAUGCUUAAUUCUAGUGCUGCAGAGGGAGGCCAUUGUGGGGAGAUGUAUGCAAGUAUGGGAGACAUUAAUGGUAAUGGCACAGCCAAUCCAGACCAUUCUGCUCGCCAAGAUGAGCAACCAAUAAACCUAAGUGACAGUCCACUAUCAGUCCAGAUAACACCAGACUAUGGCACAGAUAACAGCAGUAAUGGAAGAAGAAACCGCAUCAAAUACACAGUUACUGACAUCAAAAUGGAGCGAGAUUCAAGAGAUUUGGGAAACAAGUCACCUGCACACAGCUAUUCUAGCUAUGAGUCUCUUAGAAAUGAAAGUGUAGGAGGUGGUCCCGAAGAUCUGACUGUGAGUAGAGCUAUUGAAGAUGAUGAUGACCAGGAUGACCAUGAUGAUGUUGAGAAGAUUAUUGACUCAGAUGGAGCAGAAUCUGAGCGCCUUAAAGCUUUUAAUAUGUUUGUGAGGCUGUUUGUAGAUGAAAACUUGGACCGAAUGGUCCCCAUUUCUAAACAGCCCAAAGAAAAGAUCCAGGCAAUAAUUGAGUCAUGUAGCCGGCAAUUCCCUGAAUAUCAGGAGCGUGCCCGGAAGCGCAUACGUACUUACCUCAAGUCCUGCAGGCGGAUGAAAAAGAAUGGUUUUGAGACGUCACGUCCCAUCCCUUCACAUCUCACAUCUGCAGUAGCAGAGAAUAUCUUGGCCACAGCUUGUGAGAGCGAGAGCAAGAAUGCAGCUAAGAGAAUGCGCCUGGAUGUGCGUCAACAGCAACAGGACGAGCCUGUUGCACUUGGCAAACAGUGGACGAGAGAAUCUGCUCAGGUCACUUACACCACCCCAGCAGUUUCUUAUUCACAGGAGUUGAUGUAUAUCAAUGGAAAUACAAGCUAUAAUUACCAUGGUUAUGGAGGACUGGGUGGUGGGAAGCAAAAUCCACCUUCCUUACCAAGCGAUGGUACUAACAGUGGCCCAGCAGAUCUCAGCGUGAAGAAGUCACUUGCAUCACAUUCUGGAUCCUCCAACAUUAACAAUUCCAAAACUCCACCAGCUCAGCUGAGUCCCACUGAAAUAAACGCAGUACGGCAGCUUGUUGCAGGAUAUCGAGAAUCAGCAGCCUUUUUACUCCGUUCUGCGGAUGAGCUAGAAAACCUGAUUUUGCAGCAGAAUUAAUUCCCGUCAAGCUACCCUCCUCACGGUUGAUGUUUAGGUUUCUGGGGCAGAUACCUUUCUGUUACUAUACAGUACGAUGGAAUAA